AUGGAGCUUCUCACUCAUCUCGUUGAUUCCGCCCUCUCCUAUACCCGGAUGGACACGGUGGAUGCCCUCCGAUUUUUCUUCAUCUCUGCAGCCUGUACGAUACUCUCCGUUAGUCUCGCAGAUUCACUUCGUUCGCGCUUCAUCCCGUAUGGCGCUCGUGCAACGUCAGACCCCGCGCAGUCUGCGGCGCCGGAAUCCAAACCCUCGACCCCUGCCCCAUCCUCGAGAGAGUCGACGGUCACACGCAGCCUCGACUAUCUCGCAAGCCUGCAAGUCCCUCACAGCUACUUUAUGCAGUUUUACGUAGUCUCCGUGCUAUCGUCGAUCUUUUGGGCGCUGCAGCUGCUGUUUCAUGGGCCCGCGUUCCAGGCAAUCGCCACUCGAAUCCACCCGGACCACUUGCAGCCCGCGAUGUCAACAAACCAGGUCAUGGUGUGCUGGGGAUUUAUGCUGGUGCAGGGGGUGAGACGGCUCUAUGAGUCGCGGAGCUUCGCGAAGCCUUCUUCGUCGAAGAUGUGGUUUGUUCAUUGGAUAGCAGGCCUUGCAUUCUACCUCGCGAUUGCCGUUGCGCUCUGGAUCGAGGGAGCUGGGACGGUUCUGAAGCACAAACUGACCCUUGAGGAUUUCAAUCUGACGAGCCGCUGGUCCGGUCGUUUACUUGUCUGUGUCCCGGUCUUCACUCUGGCGUCGGGAAUCCAGCAUGACUGCCACCAUUAUCUCUCCUCGCUGAAGAAGUAUACCCUUCCUGAACACUCUUUAUUUAGUCUAAUUCUGUGCCCGCAUUACACCGCGGAAUGCAUGAUCUACCUGUCCCUGGCCGUAAUGGCCGCCCCAGGCGACGAGCUGAUAAACAAGACCCUACUCUCCGCUCUUGUAUUUGUGGCAGUCAACCUAGGCAUCACAGCGUCAAGUACUAGAUUAUGGUAUCGACGAACUUUCGGCGAGAACGCAGUGCGGGGGAAGUGGAACAUGGUCCCUUUCAUAUACUAGAUUUUCCGGUCUCUCAAGUGAAGCCCGAAGUGAGGAGCAAGAAAGUGAAAUAUAUAUCUAUCAUCUUAAAAACCUCAUUGUAUUCCCCAAUUUUGCAACCCUC